GCGUACAUCAGUUCAUCCCUCAGCAAAAGUGAAGAGGCAUCGCAGCAUGGGUGGAAAAGGGAAGUUGAGUUUGGCUUGGGCUCAGAGCAUUCACUUGCUGCUGGAACAAAAUUGGCCAGAUGCAUCAGUCCUAUGGAAGAAGACCUAUUGAUGACUCGGGAGCUCACUGACGAGAGAGCAAGGUCAAGGAAGAUGGAGAACGUUUGGAAAAUGCACUCGAACCCUGUUAAAGAAAAAGCAAACAAUCAGAUGCCUCCAGCUAAGGCGCUGCGCAGGAGGGUUAAUGAUGAUGUCAGCAAAACGAUGCGAGAGAUAUCAUUGAAGGGCAGCUUCAUGGGAUUCCGCGGUGGGGCCUCCAAGGCCAGACGUACUUGCACGGAGGAACUGAUGUUUCAAGGUCCGGAUGACGAAGAAGAGAUGUAUGUGGAGGAUGAUGGAGUUAUGGAUGUGGAUCAACCAGAAGAACUGCAAGGAGGGGCUCAGAUGAGGACUGACAUUCGAGGACAAAGAUCUGGGGGCAGCAACCAGUUGUCGUCACUCAGCAGCAGAUCGGCACAUUCAGGACCAGGGUCAAUCCCAAAGGGAAUCGCAACUCCUGUUUUGAGCCUCCACGAUUUCAUCAAUGGGGAUGAGGGAUUGAGGAAUCGUCGUCGAAUGUUGAUGAAGGGAAAACGGAUGACGAUGACGGUUUCUAACACAGGGCAUCUGGAUGAAGAACAGUGCAGAGAUGGAAGGGGAAGGGGUAACAGUAGUAGGCAAAGGACACAGCAUCCAGAGAACAUCCAUGUAAGCCGCAGAGAGGUUUAUGGGGUCAGGAACUGUGUCAGCGAGCAGCGCCGGAAGAGCCGGAAGCCCAACAAAUAUCAAAACCAGGAGAUAUGCUCAGAUGAUGCUGACAAUCCGGAAGGAUUCCGUGUAGGGCAGAAUAUUCAGCAGACAGGAGAACAUAAGUUUGCGUUUGAGGAGGAGGAUGAAGAGCAUGAGGAGGAAGAAGAGGAAUAUGCAUAUGAAGAGGAAGGAGAAGUGGGAGAAGGUAUUGAAAUCGACAAUUUUGGAUACGAAAAGAAUGUGAAAUUUCAGAGAUUUGCAGGGGAACAACCACGGCAACGUUCAGGUCAACAACCACUACAACAGGGUGAAAUGGGUGAGGAGUACAGACCGUAUCCAAUUAGAAAAGUUCGGAGAAGCAGCCCUAGAGAGCCUUAUGGAACAGGGAGGGAAAGAAGAGAUGAAGGGAUCAUGCCGAGGCAGGAGAGGGUGUGCAAUGAUUGGCCAUCAUGUGAUGAUAAUAGCCUGGGUGCAGCCCAGGACAAAACCCAACACAAUCAUCGAGUAACAAGAGAGGUUGGUAUUGUGGGAAAGGGGAAUGCAUUGACAGCACAGGCGGUCGGUAGGGGCAACAAUCAAUUGAGAAGGAGAAAGCAAGUGCGAUUUGAAGAUCAGGUCCAAAGUUAUGGUGGAGGCCGGUUAGGACGGGACCACCUGGUCCACAGGGGUCUUGACCUACUCGACGGUCAAACCAAUGGAGCACAGGAACACCGGAUACCGGAGAGAGUCCAAGAGGAGAAGCUACAAAGAAAGCGUAGCGGCGAAGCUGAGGCUCUGGAUAUCAGGUGCAUUCCUGAGCCCUUGGAAGAAAAGGUACUGACAGAGGCAAUGAAAGAAGGAGAUAAGGUAUCUGAUGGGAAGUAUGGAGGCCCACCACCCAAGUCAAGGGCUUGCAGUCCUGAUGAGGAAAGAGGCGGGAGAUCGCCAGGUGCUGCAGGUGAUCACACCUGCUUGAGUUCAAGACGACAGCUGGAAAGUAAGCAAAGUCAUGCUCCAGAGCAUGUGAAUGGUAAGUCACCUCAUUUUUCUGAUGAAAUAAUGGCUGACACUGCAGUGGGAGAUGAAAGUGCACGGAAAGUUGAUAUUUUGUCGACCACAUCCAAAUCCAUGGAGCCUGCGGCCUUGGCAACGAGGAGCAAGAAUGUGCGCCCUCAAACAGAAUGGGAGGUGGAGCUGGUGAAAGGAAUGAAAGAUGAAAAACAUCCAGACACAGAUGAUCCGCAGAAGGUAGCCACCAGUUCUGAGGGAGCCAGAACUGCUGGCCCGAUGAGGAACGAAGAAGAAAUGGGUGCUAUGUCAAGGUCACGGGACAGCUUGGUGGGGAAAGGGGGGGGGAGGAAAGGAGAGACUGUGAACCGUAGCAGAACCGAAAUGGGGGGGACAACCAUAGCACGUUGUGAUGUUGAUGGGCUUGUAGACCAUGAUGUUGAUGACCUUGAGAAUGACAGACAGGCAGGGGAGGCAGGUGCUCGGAUGACAGGCACAGGGAGAGAAGACGAGGGAACAGACGAACAGCCCGGCAACUCCAUCCGCAAGAUCAUGCAAGAGAGGCUGUCCGAACCUGGCGGUGAUGGGGGUAACUCCCAUUCACCAGCCUUUGGUUCCAUGGUGAGGGCAGUGGAAAGAAGCAAGGGAGUGAAAGAACAGCCCGGCAGCUCUGGCUACAAGACCGGGCAAGAGAGGCUGUCAGAGCCUGCUGGCUACGCUGUGCGCGCCCACCACUCACCUGCCUCUGGAAGGGAAAAUCUAGACCGUAACCAUUUCAAUGCUGUAGAUUGUAGGAACACACACGGUAGAAGCACGGCGAAAUCUCCUAAACAUCUUCUCGCAUCACCCACUGGUACAAUGAGCCUGCCUUCAAGAAGUCAGCCUCGUUCGGUGCUGGAAUGGGACGAUGAGUUCGGAAACCCUGGGCCUCUCAAGAGGUCGAAAACUAACAUGCUAAGUAGAACGCCCAGGAAGAAAUCGCAGCCUCGGAGGCAAACCCUGCAGGAUACGUCAGAUGAGGAUGCAUUGCAUCCUGCGGAACAUGUGAAUAAUCGUUUGUUCCAUCCAGAGGAGGACGAUGAGACAGGAGCACCAUGUGCACAAGGCAUGCAAGGAGUCGUGAAUCCUCUGCAAAUUUGGAGUUCAGGUUCUCCUGGUGAAGUGGACUUAUCGGAGGAUAGGCAGCCUUCUUCAGGGUUGGGAUUGUCUGGGAAGAAAGCAGAUGCAGUCAAAAGGGUUAGGAAGGAGCGGGGGACCCCUAUCAUGUCAACCCCAAGCUCUUUCCACACAGCCGCUGCAUCAGCACAAGCGAGGGAUGUCACUGUGUCAGAAGAAUAUGGUAGUAAAGAUGCUCCACGACUGUAUGCGGAACCAGGAAAGGUUGGCUCGAAGGGUUUGGCUGGCGAUUCAGAACAGUCGGUGCUGUUUGAGCAUCGGAGGGAGGUUCUUGAAGUUGAGACACAAGAAGUGGUCAAGCAGUUGUAUGAGGAGCUGCAGAGGAAAUUGGCUGCCCAUGAGGAAUGGUGUAAAAGGCUCAAAGAUGUCAUCAGCAAACAGUUUGAUCGGCUCGAAGGGAGGAUCAGCAAAUUGGAAAAGAACUUUGAUGACACAGAGCGUGAGGUGGUAACGACUGCAGAUGAGAGGUUGAAGAUGAUCAGGGAGUGGGGCGAAGUGGAAAGGAAGUCUAUCAAGGACUGUAUUGCCAUGUACAUAGGCAAAGCUCACAAAGACUUGAACGGAACUAGAGAUGUCCUGAAAUCUGAGCUGGUAGAGAUGAAGAGUGCAUUUGAUGUAAUGUUGAGCCCUAUUGUGGAGCUGGCUAAGGGAAUCCCAGCCGCUGAGCUCAUUGACGGCCCCCCCAUUGCGCAGCAGUCUGCUGAUGGCAAUGCAGCUGGUCAGGAAGCUGGCGCUCACCAUGCUCGUAACAGCAGCAGCAGCGCUGAAGCUUGCAAGGCACCUCAUCCACAAGGUGGCGAGGAGGAAAGGCCCAAGACACAGCAGGUUGUCGGCGAGGGUAGUGUUGCAAAGGCGCAGCAGGUUGUCGAGGAGGGAAGUGUUGCAAAGACGCAGCAGGCUGUUGAGGAGGGUAGCGUUGCAAAGUCGCAGCAGGUUGUCGAGGAUGGUAGUGUUGCGGAGAUGCAGCAAGUUGCCGAGGAGGGCACAGAUGUUAAGGCUCGGGAGGGUGAGGUCGCCAAGCCCAGGUUUGCCACAGCGGGCGAGGAUGCCAUGGCGCAGGUAGUUACUGAGGAUGGCGGAAGUGUCGAGACCAUGUUGACAAGUGCCACACCACUCCAGUGAGUCCCAGUCCUCGUGAGUAGCCGCAAUUGGAUGGCUAGAGAAUCUUUGAGAUACCGAGAGUCAAGAGGAUCAGAUAAAAGAACUAACGAGAGGGUUGACGAGUUGGUAGUGGCAAAGGGCAAAGGGAAAAAGGAACAUCAUGAUGUAGGUAUCCUACCAGCGGGGGUGGGGUGUUGUUGUCAAGCCGCACAUUCCUGAUGAGGGGCUACGUAGGGGUCAAGAGUCUUGAGACUCUGUGAUGGAUCUCACAACAGUGCCGGUAGGGACUAGGUGUUGGGAAUCUCGAGUCUAUGUGAACAAAUCUCUCUACUGUACAGGAAUCCUGAUGUUCAGCAAAAGUUUCACGAGGACGGGUUGUGAUUCGAGAACAAAGGGGGAAGCAAGGGGAUGCGUCGGAGGGAGAGCGAGAAGGUGUGUUGAAGACCAGUACGGGGAGAGCGUAAGGCUGAGUGGGUGAGCAGUGGAGUGUGUGAGAAUGGGCACCUCGUCUUCCCAGCAAUCGAGAAAACGCAGCGACACAGGCUCAGAAAUCAAGGGGGUCUGUGGCAUGCAUGCAAUGUCUACAGCAGAAGAGGAGGAGAGAGAGGAGGGCAUGCACUCACACUCUGAUUCCAACAAUGUGAUCAACUGGAUGGUGAACAGACGAUCUCUGAAGAGUGCCAGCAGAAAACUCGAUGUCCAAUUCAUCCACAAUGGUCUGAGCCAAUGGACAGCAGAAGAUGUCACACAAAUGUCUGUGGCCCGUACAUAUACCGUAAAGCAGCCUAACGACCUUAAGCGUCCGUGUAUAGCAGGAAGCAGCCUAAUGACAUUCCACAUGUCUAAGGGGUACGUCUGGAGUCGCCGGGAUGAGAAGCCCAUUGAAGAAUGUUCAAGGAACAGAGAUGCAAGGUAUGCUGGUACGAAAUGCAUGCUGGAACAGUGAAACAUCUGGUACACAGCAGGAGGUCCAGGAGUCGAAUCCCGCUAGCAGGAGGAAGCGGUUGCCAUGCUGAUCCUGUCUGUUGCUAUCGGAGACCUAUGGUUUACAUAGGACUGGCGGUUGUUGCGGCUGCAGAAGCUGUGGCAUACUUGAGACUGGUAUUUUGUGGGCAAUGCAUUUUCGGACGCAUACAUUGUGGAAGCAGUGAAAACACGAUAUAAUCACAUAAAAAUCAUUGGGCGUUACUCCUCGCAGUACAGGACUUUAUGCCUCCACGCUAAAAAACAGCGUUACCACCUUUCUUCCCAGUACUACUCAGGUGUUACUCUCGCAGUACAUGACUGUAUGCCUCCAUUGCUUGUUUUUUUGGGGGGGGCGACUGAGACAGCAGAUUCUUGUGAGACCUUUGCUCGGCUAAAGACCAUGCACAGAAUCUAAUGAAUCAUUCAUACCGCUGUUUUUUUUUAACACUGCACAGGGUGAGGAGAACCAACUACUCUUCCUACCUACUACAGUGGGGAAGGAGCCUAAGUCAAACUGACUGGAGGAUGCAUGCAGCAUCCUAUGUUCUUUUGGUUGUAAAUUCGAAGGACUUGCAAUAUCUGCAGCAGCAGAUUCCAGUGUGACAUUUGCUGAGCUCUAGACUGUGCAAACCAGAGUCUCUGGCGCAACAUCCUGCCAAAAUAGGUUGUUCAGCCGGAGACCAGGAAAACAGUUUGUUUAGCCAGACACUCUUCCCUGUUCUACUGACAAGUGGAAAGGAGACUAAAUCAGCUGACUGCCUGAUGCUUUCUGCAUCUGUAUAGUGCCUGGGGUUGCAGAUUCUAGACAGAAGUGGUUGUUUAGGAGAUUGUGUAGGGUCUGAUCAAUCAUCCAUCAUGACAUACCUCUGGAUUUUGGCAAGGAGGGUAUGGAGUGCCUACUACUUACCCAUCUGCUGAGAGGGGAGGUAGGUGACUAUGACAACUGAUUGCCUACUUAGUAAUUACCCAUCUGCUGGCAGAGGUGGGGAGGUGACCAUGUUAACAGA